CAUACGUACGUCCACCUAAAGGCUAGCUAGAUAUUGAACAUUUAAACUGUAUCUAGUAAUUGGAACUAUAGGGUCCUGAUAACAUUAUUAGCUGACGUUAUCAAUAGUGGAUUGACGGGCUUACAUACAUAGAGGUACAGCUAUUUUCUUACUAGGUCCUCGAUCAUCACAAACAUCAAUGGAUCUUUCAUAGUCAGAAACUGCUGUUAAAUGACGAUACAAUAGUCGAGCACCACAAGAUCAUCAAAACAAGAAACCAUCCUCCAGAAGUUUUCACAUACCAGAUCUACAGCAUGGUUGAUGCGGUAAUCGCCAAGAGCCCUUAUAAGAUCCAUACGAUGGAGAUGAACGUCGGUGGAGAUCCUCUGCGGAUUGUCGUAUCUGGGUUCCCUGAGAUGGAGGGCGAUACACUCGUGGAGAGGUAUCGCUUUGCUCGAGACCGCUUGGACCACGUCCGAAGAGCCAUCAUUCUGGAGCCGCGUGGGCACUACGACAUGUGGGGAGCCGUGCCCGUCAAACCAGACAACCCUGAGGCACACAUCGGAGCAUUCUACCUCAAUGCAGAAGGGUACAACUUCAUGUGCGGUCAUGCCACCAUCGGCCUUGCCAGAUAUACCGUCGACUCUGGUGUGGUCGAAAGGAAGUCGCCUGAGACACAGUUGAAUAUCCAACUGCCCUGCGGUCUGCUGAAAGCGUAUGUAGAGUACAACGAAGAGACGAAAACUACGGGACGAACAAGAUUCACCAGUGUUCCUGCUUUUCUCUGGGCAAAGGAUGCCGAGAUCGAAGUUCCUGGUUUUGGAAAAGUUGUAGUUGAUGUCAGCUUCGGGGGCGUCUUUUAUGUUCUCGUCUCUACCACCCAGCUUGGACUAGACAUCUGCAAGUCUCCUCUUAGCGGCCUUAAGGAUGCUGGGAUAGCUAUUACCAAGGCAGCAAAUGCUGCAAUCAAAGUGGAACAUCCGGACAAUUCAGACAUAAACUGCAUCGUCGGGACGAUUCUGACUGACGGCAAAGAGACACCGGACACAGAUACCACAUACAACUUAUUGGUUUACGGCGAUCAAGGCAUGAUUGCCCGAGCCCCGUGCGGAUCAGGGACAGUGUCUCGCGUCGCCAUGCAAGUCGCAAAGGGUCUCACCGAUCUCCAUCAACCGAGGUUCUACAAGAGUCGUUGGGGUUCCUCGUUUAUCGCCAAGGCGGUGGAGAAAACCAAAGUGGGAGACAGAGACGCAGUCAGAAUCGAGGUUUCUGGACAAGGCCAUUACAUUGGAAAAAACAUGUUCUUCUGCGAGGAGAACGAUGUGAUGGGAAAAGGUUUCAUGGUAGAUUAAAUGCAGUAUCAUUAUUAUUAGUACAAGUAUCAUUAUUAUUAGUACAAGUAUCAUUAUUAUUAGUAGAAGUAUCAUUAUCCUUAGUAGAAGUAUCAUUAUUAUUAGUAGAAGUAUCAUUAUCAUUAGUAGAAGUAUCAUUAUUAUUAGUAGAAGUAUCAUAGUAUUUCAAGACCCGGUGCAUGGUGGCACUUCGUAUUCACAGUGGUGACGUUAACGGAGUUAUAAAUGACCCCUAUUUGCAGACUUCCAAGAACAUUUUUCGCAAAAUGUGAUCCCUUUUGCCUUUAAAAAAACAAGUAAAAAUAACAUUCAAAUAUGGCCAUGUAGUUUUAACUUAUCGAGUGCAAAUUAACAAAAAGUACAAUAUUUUCGCGGAUAUUGCCUCAUGUUUGGGUUAAACGAGUCGUAUGAUUAUUAUGAUCCUCUUUGAAAUAUUUAAACCCUUUUCUUGAAAUUUGUUACCUACUUACUUACUUACUGACUCUUUAAUUAAAACAAUAGAUUUUUUUCUUUUCUUUAAAUCCGCAAACGUUCCCAAUGAUUAGCUCUACCCCUUCUUGGCGCAAUAUGAAGUGACACCACCUGCCGGGAUCAAGAUUAUAUUGUUACAGCCGAUGUUUACAUCUAGGUUUAUGUCAAACACUAAUAUAAUGGUCGAUUGGCCUGGCCCACUAACAAAUAAUAAACAUUGCAACAAUACAA